AUGCCACGCCAAAACUUCUUCCUCGUCGGGUCCGAGUCGGAUCAUGUCACGCUAGACAUUUCCGGCACAGAGGACCUUGAGGAUCUCAAGCGGGAUCUGGCCAGCGCCUUUUCCAUAUGCAAUCCAAAAACGGUUUCGUUCCACGAUGCCCAAGGCACAGCCGAGCUGGCCUCGGCCAAAAGCAUUCUGGAUCACAGCGGCUUGGUCGGCAUCAAAGUUAGCGGCAAUGCGGUGCGGUCACCGUACGGGCCUCGGGAGCUCCCCUUUGUCGGCCACCAUUUCCAGUUGUACCCGGAUUACCUGGGCAACAUCGAUCGGUUGUUUGAACGAUACGGCAGCGUUAUCAAGACGGUCAACAUGGGCACGACCACCUACUUAACCAACGACCCGCUGGUUUCCGAGGCGGUGCUGAGCGAAAGCCCGUAUUUUACAAAGACUACAUCAGACCCGGGUCACCCGCUCUUCUUUAUGCAAAACCAGACGGCGUUGUUUACCUGCGACACGACGUCGCCGGCGUUUAAAGUAUCACACAAGUUCGUGCCGCCGUCCCUGGCGCCGCGGGCGGUACGCUGUUACAUAGGUAUCAUGCAGCGGGCCAUCGAGCAGUCCUACGGUGUCUUCGAUGAGCUGGACGCCAACGGCAAGGCAUUCAACGUGUACCAGUACAUGUUUAAAAUGGCGGGUCAAAUCAUUUACCGUGUUGUGCUGGGACUCGAUGUGGGUCAUUUCACGACGAUGGAUACGCGCCCGCACCGGAUUAUAGUUCUGCUGGGCGAGUACAUGCAGCUCAUGAAAAAGACGUCACUGCAACCAAGAUGGUAUCGCUAUCUGCCUUUUGGGGAGCACCGGCGCGUCGGGGAAAUGCGCCAACGCAUCUUCGCGCUUAUCCAGCGCGCCAUGGACGAAGCGCCGAUUGCCGAGGACGGCGGAGCCGACCUGCCGAUGCAUGAGGCGGCGGUGCGGGCGUCGUGCGUGGCCGACUACCUGCGGCGGGCCGUCGACGAAGAAGGAAAUAAACUGCCCAAAGAAUACCGGCUGUCUAACACGGUGUCUUUGGUCGGCGCGGGCUUUGUCACCAGCGCCUCGCUGCUCUCGUGGCUGCUUUAUUCCCUUACGCAUUACCCCGGCCACCAGGAGCGACUGUUGCAAGAGCUGGUGGACCACGCGCCACCGCCGGAUGAGGCGUGGGACUACGAUGUCGUGACAUCUCUGCCCUUCCUCGAUAGUUUCGUCAAAGAAACGCACCGCAUGCAUAACCCAUCUUUCCAAACGGCACGCAACGUCAAAGCAGAUGUCGUCCUGCCGGGCGGCUGGCUGGUGCCGGCCGGGUCCAUCGUGAUUCCGCCUUUCCCUUCGUUGCACAAAAGUCCGGACCAAUGGGAAAACCCGGGCCGCUUCGACCCGGAUCGCUGGCUCGACGGCCGCGACCAGCCGCGCCGCCACCGUAUGGCCUACACGCCCUUCGCCGCCGGGCCCCGCGGUUGCAUCGGAUACACCCUCGCCACCCUCGAGGCCAAGCUGUGCAUAGCGAACCUGGUUCACCGUUACGAGUUCGUCGACGCCAGCCGCGAGCCCGUGGAGUACGACCCCGAGUUCCUCGUAAUCCGUCCGCUUAACUUUUACGUCCGCGCCCGGCGACGCAGCAACUGGCCGCCCAAAUCUGCAUCGACGGCGUCCUAG